AUGCAGUUAUCAUUCUUCAUCUGUUCACUCCCUCUCUUCUUUGUCUCAAGUUCUGCCGUAUCCUCUGGUUGUGAUCUCCAUGAUCCUGCCAACCCGUGCUAUAUCGCUGGAGGAGGAGGGGGCAACGACCCAGGCGCCGACCCUGUCCGCUUCUCGGCUCGGGCGUACUGGAUGCGCCGGGCGAUGGCAGCUCUAGCAAACAUCAACGACGGCAGUCCUUGUCCGUUUGCGGCCUUUGGCUCUGUCAUCGUGAACCACACUGCGUCCGGCAAGGGCACGGGUGGUGCGGGAGCCAGCGAGAUCGACCACCUGGGCGAGGAGGUGUGUAUUGGCGCGAAUUCGCUCGUGAGGGAUGGGAACCCGACGUUGCAUGGCGAGAUCGCGGCCAUCAACAACUGCAGCCGGAUCCUGACCGACCCGGAUGGCCCGUACAAGCUCUCGGGACCCGACGCCAUCAAAGCACUGGGUGAUUUGAGCCUGUAUACCACGGCGGAGGCAUGUCCUAUGUGCUCGUCCGCCAUCCUCUACGGCGGGUUCCGCGAAUACAUCUUCUCCACGUCGAUCCCGACGCUGCGUUCGCACGGCUGGCCUCAGAUCAUCAUUCGGUCGAGGGAGAUCUUCUCCCGCAGCGUCGGCAGGCUGGCGGCGCACCGCACGCGCAUUAUCGGGGAUGUGCUGGCGAACGAGACAGAGGCGCUGUUCACGUGGCAGUAUAAGGAUGGGCCUUGUCCCGGUGGCUGUGAGAAGGACGGCGCGGGCGGUGGGUGUGUGAAAUCAACGGCUGUGAAUGAUGAUGGCACAGGGAAGGAUGAAUUGUAA